GGAGCAGCCCGCAUCUCUCGUGCGGCGGUACGUCAGACAGAAGGAAACCGUGGAAACUGAUGCUGAGGAGGCGCGAGCAGGUUAUCAAGAAAAACAGAGAGAAAGGCGGAACUAUCACACGGUCACCACUCGAGGGUGAAGAUGAAGCUCCAUUUAUUAUCCGUGCUUUUUCUGUCACUUUUCUUGCUUUAUACCCCUUUCUCAUUGGCAAAGAGAGGAGGAGGAGGAGGAGGCAGAAAAACCUCAAGUACGAGCUACAAACCUAAUAAAAGCUCCACCUCUCAGGGUGGGUAUCCAAAACAAAACAAUCAGGGCAGCACAGGGCAACAAGGCAAUUACCCCAGACAGCCGGGGACAGGAGGCAACCCUUACCAGCACCCAGGACAACGUUCUCCUUAUGGAGGGUAUGGAGGAUACGGAGGUCAGGGUGGGUACGGAGGGGGUUAUGGAGGGCAUGGGGGUUACCAUGGUACAUACAUCAACAAGAAUCCCAACAACAAAAUCCUGAGCCCUCACUAUGGUGGUAGUUUUGGUUAUGGGGGUUAUGCUGCUGGUGGCGGCUCUCCUUUCUCAAACUAUGCAAAGGCACAGGGCUUUGUUCCCUCUGAUAACUCCAAAGGGUUUGGUCGCAGUGCAGUAAAAGCUGCAGCUGGAGGUGCAGUGGCAGGAAUGGCCCUUGGCUACGGGUUAGGAAGCUUCUCCCGUCCUCACUUUGAGGUCCGCAGCCCUCAGGAGGAGUAUUACUACAACCACUACAUGUACAGGAAACAUGGGUCUCAGUCUACCAAUACCAAUACCAACAGGAACACCAACAGGAACACCAACACCGAUACCAACGCCAACAGGAACACUAACACCAAUACCAAUGACUACAGUGGAGGCAGUGCAGGAGACAAUGUCUUUACCAAACCCCCUCAGAGCUAUGAUAACUACAUGGACGACUGCAUGAAGAGGCCUGACGUUCUGUCUGCGGAGACCCAAAAGCCCAAAAACAAAACAGCUGCCGCUGCCACAGCUACAACCAAAACAAACACAUCCACUGCUGUCAUAUCAGAGAGCAACGUCAGUGGCACAGAAAAAUCCUCCACCCAUACCCCUUCAAAUCCCGACCCUCUAAAUCAGCUCGAAGAUGAUGACACGGUCAGCAUUGUUGAGAUCGGCUACCCGGCACUGGUUGAGCAGGUGAAGGCCAGGAGAUGCUUGGAGCUGUACAUGGUUCAUUACGAGAACUACAUGAGACUGACUGGAGGCGUACGAGGACUGGAGAUGAGCUUUCAGGGGCUUUUAGUCACCAGUACUAUACUGGUACUACUGAACAGCAACAUGCUUAUGCUGCUGCCUUGAAGCCUUCAUUUGCAGGAGAAGUGAUGGAGAACAUGUUCACAAAUUAAGUAAAUGGAUGGAUAAUAACUGCAUAGAAAGGAACCUGUAAACCUUUUUUUUUAGCACUUUCUUUAUUUUUGGGUAGACUUCUACUUUGAGUUUUUAUACUUUCCCUGAGAUUAAUUACUUCAUAGGAACCAAACAGAUGGCACAGAUAGCUGAUCUGUGGUUACAGGAAGGAAGUAAACUAGAUUAGUCUUUUCCUGUAACUGUAAAAUAGAUUUAGAGAACCAGUUUGGUCUAUCUGAGUCUACUUAGAUUUACACAAUUUCUAGGAGUAGCCCUAAAAAGCGGCACAGGUCCUGUGUAAUCUCAUGUUUAGCUAAAAAGUGUUUUAUUAUUUUUAUAUUUAUUUAAGUAGCUGGCCUGGAGCUUUGUCUUUUCUCUAAUAUCAUUGGUCUAUAAUUAACAAUAUCAGUGCAAGGAUUUUACCGUAUAAACAUGACUGUGGAUAUCUACUCAUGGCGUCGUGGCUUAAACCACAGGUGGACUUUUAUCAUAUAGUGUGAUUCCAAAGAAAUAUGCAUGUUGUUGUCCUUGCACUCAGUUAUUUUGGACUCAGUGCAAGCAACAAGCAAAUUUUGUGAAUAUUUAUGAAAUUUGUGUAACAUUUUUCUCUGUGUACUCCCUCUGCUUUGUAUAAUAAUUUCCUUUUUUUCCUUUAAAAAAAAAAUACGGUAUAUAUAUAUAUAUAUAUGGCUCAUUUCCUUCCAUCCAACAUUUUGCCUCUCUGCCUCUUUCUCGCUCCACCCUCUUGAAUAGCUUGUGAUUGCAGAAGUGCUCUUACAGUGUAACAUGACAGAUGUGCUAAUUCUGAGCUGAGUUGUUUUCCAAACCUUACUGAAAGUUGUUUUGCAUUAUCAGCCAUGUUUAUGAAUGUACUCUAGAGUUUUGUUUUGUUUUUAAAAAGGAAAACAAACCAUUUUUUGCAUUUCUCUGUGAUUGUAUAAAAUUCUUGUUGUGACUGCAGUAGACUCCCAAAGAGGACC